UUUUCAGAAUGUCAAGCUCCAGCGAGACCCAAGUCAACGUAGACACUGAAGAGGAAAGCUCGGUUCAAACAUUGGAAGAAUCAGAAGAAGAUGAACAAGGAGGUGAGGAAGACGAAGAAGAUGAAGAAGAAGAAGAAAUAGACGAGGAUCACUGGGUGGUCGAAAAAGUACAAGAAAUGCGGUACAAUGGAAAAUUGAAAAGAGUCGAGUUUCUCGUUUUAUGGCAAGCUGAUAAAUCGACAUCUUGGGAGCCUAUAGAAAAUUUUCAUGGUGGAUAUGAAAAUUUGGAGAUACAAAGAUUCCAAACAGAGCAUCCUAAACGAUUUGAAGAUGUCACUAAUAAGGCAACUGUAGCAAAUAAGAAAGGGAGACCGAAGAAGCAGCAAACAUGGAUUACAAAAGAUAUUGACGAUGAUAUAUACGAGAAGCCGGAUGAAUCUGCGCAAGGAGAAGCCAAAAGGCUGGCUGAUCCGAAUAGAUUGCAAGAUCCAUCUGAAAAAUUCCUAAAAACCUAUGGCGUUGGAAUCGAAGGCCGUGUGUCUCGUAGUAAAACUCGAGAUAUUCGUCGUACUAUAGAGAUGAGUAGCGCCGAUUCAUCGCCAUCGGUCAGAAACCGGUCUCCAGUUCCAGUUGAAAAAGAGAAGAAGCAAAAGAAACCGCGUGGGGGAAAGAAGAAAGAGGCCGAGGCAAGCACCUCUGUGCCACAAGCUUCAUCUCCGGAUAUUAGCUCCCAAGAGCAACCAGAGUCAUCAACAUCAUCUUCAAAAAAACCUAGUAAAAAAGAAAAAGAGCCAUCGGAUCCAAUGUCGACGUUUGUGCUAGACAACUGGAAAAAGAAGAAGCGAGAUUAUAAAUUGAACUCGUCCGACUCUUCUGAUGAUGACUUGGAGCCAGCCAUUGUUCCGCUGAAAAAACGGGCAUUGUCGUCAACCAGAAAACCGUCGACUAGCAGUGUUGCUAAUUCUCAAAGAAGGGAAGGAGGGGGUCAAUCUCCAACUUUAACCCCAGAAAACGCAAAUACAAUCGAAAAAUCGAAGAAAGUAUCUCUCGAUAAUUCGAAACGCCGUGAAGUGCAGAAACAACGCAAGAGACCACAAAAACAAGAUUCCAGUUCGGAGGAGGACGAUGAGGUUGAGAAAAUUCGGGACCCGAAAGUGCGAUAUGCAGAUGAGCCCCUCAUUGAUAUCGAGAAGAAGUUCGCCGAAAUGGGAUACACAAUCAAAUUAUCCAAAGAACAUCCGAAAGCCGGAAUGCUGAAAGAAAUUGUCGAGAGAAGAGAAACAGUCAGAGAUCCGGGACUUCUAAAUAGUCUUCACGAUUCGAUAAUGUUCUUCGAGUAUACAGCUGUAGAAUUGAGACUCAUCGAUCAGGGUCCAGAAAAUUCAUAUAAUGAACUUGCGACGCGCCCUUUUCCUCUACACGAUCUCCUCGCGUCAACUUACGAAGUGAAAAGAAGAGACAAUACUCUUCCGGAAGACAUAGAAAAUCGACGAAAGAAAACGACAAAGAUGAUUCGAAUGAUGUUACCAUAUCUCCCGCAUCAUAUUCUCACCGUCCAGGAUCUCAAUCUCAACACACUACUUCACGGUGCAAUUAAUUCGGAGAAUUUCGAAUUGGUAGAGUUCCUCAUUCAUAUGGGUGCUCCUCUUCAGAUUCGAAAUAAACACGAGAUGACUGCCGUCGAAUCUUGCGUGAUCAUGAGGAGAUGUGAUAUUUUAGAUUUGGUUAUCAAAAACGGUGGAACGUUCCAUUUUGUGCUACAGCCACCGAUCGGCGGAGUUCACGAGAACAAAGAGGACUACUACCUAAUCAAGAAGCAUAUCAAGACCAUGCAAGAUGCGCAGAUAAAGUCUGACAUAAUUCAGACAUGUGAACGUCUACAUGGACAAAUCAGUUUGGCUUGCAAGAGAGUUCGUGACCAGCUAAAUAUCUAUCGUGAACUAGAUGUUGGUCCGAUCGUGUGCUUUCCACGUGGAAAUAUGCGCUCCUAUGGUAAUCGUCUGACGAUUCAAUUUUUGAUUCCUGAGCAAUGGCAGGAUUUGAGAGCAGAUCACGAGUUUAUGCUGGUUGUCAUGCCAAUGGCUUAUCAUCAUCAGCACAAAAUAUUUUAUGGAUCCCCUACUCCUCCACCAAUGCAUUUGCCAGUACUAUGUGGAGUUUCGUGUCCUUCAAUGACGACCGAGCGAUCAAUUUUCUACAGAGCCACUCGAGCCCUUCGCCAACACUUUGAAAAAUGCAAAAAGGCUGCUUUAAAACCCGGAGAUCCACUUGCUGCAUAUGAUCCGAUCACAAGCCUUCACACACUAGAAGAAAGAGAUGAAAUGGUGAAGGCUCGAAUUUCGGAACCGAUUUCGCCUAUGAUGUGCACGGUCGGUUUGGAUAUUGAUCCAACGGCUCCCUGUUCAUUUAUGACUUGUCAACUGAUUGUCUACAAAACCAGCGAAAAAAAGAAUCCAGUCACGAAUAAUCCAUGUGGCGGGCAAAAUGCUGUGUCUCGUCCCAGCAGCAAGUCUCCAAGACCAGGAGGUCCAUCCACCUCUUCCCAUCGUCACGGAUCGCAUGCCAACGAUCCCAGAUCACAUAAUAAGCCCGGAACCCCUCGAUAAGUUAAACUUUGUUUCCAAAACUUUAUUCUUCUUCAAUCGCUUUAAGCAUUCCGGUUCUCCCUUCUACCCCCAGUUAUAUAUAAAAUGGGCGUUUCGUUUUUAUUUAUUUAUUCCCAUUUUAAAAUGUUUUUUUGUGGUUCCCAGUUGUUUCUUCUUUAUAAAUCUUUAAAGUAUUAUUUUG